CUGGGCAUUCUUGCAUCGCCCCUCACGACCAUCGACCGCAGCACACCUGACACCGAAGCCGCAAUAGACGCUGUGCUUGCCCUCGCUGAACAGCACGAAGCCGCCGAGAUACUCGUCGGCAUACCCUACCUGAUGUCUGGCCGCAUCGGAGCGCAGGCGCGCAUCACGCUCGACUUCGCCCAAGCCCUGUCAGAGCGCACAAACAUCCCCAUCACCCACACCGACGAGCGCCUCUCAUCCGUCCAGGCCGACCGAAUGCUCACCCAGUCCGGCACAUCAAACACGCGCGACAAAGGCCGCACCGACUCAGCCGCCGCAGCCGUCAUCCUCCAAGCCUACCUCGACGCCAGAAGCUGA